GAAAGACAUUUUCCAACCUCAAAACAAAUUUUGUACAGUUAUUUUGAAUUUAAAAAAUGGAUUUUCGAAGUAAGAAAGUCUUCGAUUUCGUGGCUGUGGAGAAAAACAUGAAAGAGGCUGCAAGAAAAAAUGAAAUUGUAAGAUUGCAAUGGUUCCAAAGAUUCGAGUGGAUGUUGGACGAUUACAAGACUAUGCAACGGGAAUUGUUAAAUUUAUGUGAUGAGAAAAAAGUAAUAUCAGAAACUCAAAUUUCAGAAGAUAAAAGAUCAUGUUUACCAUUUCCGGAAACAACCAGUGGCAUGUAUGGUUGGCUCGCAUCAAAACCAGAAUUUCGAUUGGAAAAUCCUAAAAACUACAUUGUAAAAUACCCUAACCCUAUGGACGAAAUAACUUUAUUAAAAGGCGAUAUUCCAAGAAUUGCUCCUGGAAUGGCUUUCCUUUAGUGAUUUUUGUUUAAAGAUUAAAUUCGCUGGUAUUUGAAGAAAUUUAUAAUCAAAUUUGACAUAAAAGGACUCGGAACUUAUAAGAAAAAAUUUUUACCAUUAGAAAAAAGCUGACUCCUUAGCAGCUGUGUGGUCAGAGCGCCCUGUUCCCUCGGAGGUCACGAUUUUUAUAAUUAGUAAUAUUGAUGUUUUGAAUAAAUUAAAUAAAUACCUUCACAUUUGUUUCCAUCACCUACAAAUCCUGAUGUACAAACGCACUCUGUGAUAUCAGUCGCCGGAAUCUUAAUUGUUAUGUGAUUAAUAUCAGGACAGACAUUGCAAGCCGAAGUUGAAUCUCCCGGAAUAUUUUCAAAUCCAUAAGU